UCCACCCCACCCCGCGCCACCCCUGCCGCCGCCUCCUCUCACUCGCGCCGCCGCCGUCUUUAGGAAUCCCAGGGAGCUCCGCCGCACGUCCGGCAGCAGCAGCAAUCAUGGCGGACGCGAAGACUUCUCCCGCGGUCACUCUCCGCACCCGCAAGUUCAUGACGAACCGUCUCCUCUCCCGCAAGCAGUUCGUGCUCGAGGUGAUCCACCCAGGCCGUGCCAACGUCUCCAAGACGGAUCUCAAGGAGCGGCUGGCGAAGAUCUACGAUGUGAAGGACUCGAACUGCAUCUUCGUCUUCAAGUUUCGCACCCACUUCGGAGGCGGCAAGUCCACUGGCUUCGGACUCAUCUACGAUAACCUCGAGGCCGCCAAGAAGUUCGAGCCCAAGUACAGGCUGAUCAGGAACGGGCUAGCUACCAAGGUAGAGAAAUCACGGAAGCAGAUUAAGGAAAGGAAGAACAGGACAAAGAAGAUCCGUGGAGUGAAGAAGACAAAGGCUGGGGAUGCAAAGAAGAAGUAAGCUAAUUGUGCGUCUUGGCUGCUUUCAGUUCUGCCUGUUCGCUAUCAGUUUUUGUACUCCUUACACAUCUUGUUGGCGUUCGUUGCAGAAAAGCUUGAUCUGCUAGAAAGAGAAUUUUGAGCUUUUACCAUGCCUUGUUAUGUUGGGGCUUAUCCUUGACUUCUAUUUUAAUCGACGUGUCUACAAUUUUUAAUUCUUGCUUCUACUCAA